GCAACCAUGAGACGAACGAAUAGCGUGCUGCUAGCUUCGCUAGCAGUUCUCACUCUCCACCCCGCAACAGCCCUCGCACAGUCCGACGUGCCGUCGAAGCGCGGGCUGGCGUACCAAGGCGACGACCACGAGGCCGACGCCCGGCUGCUCACCUCCGAAAAGUCUCUCAUCAACUGGUAUUACACCUGGUCGACAUGGCCGGCCCAGGGGCUCAACAGCUCAGUCGCCUUCGUGCCCCUCGUGCACGGGGUGAAAGACGCCGAGGACUCGGGCCUGACGUCCCGCCUCAACCAGCUUCCGGGGUCUUCGACGCACCUCCUGACCUUUAAUGAGCCUGACGGCACCAAGUCGUCUGGCGGCAGCAGCAUCGACCCGGAGGACGCCGCCAAGGCGUACCUGGAACACCUUGUCCCGCUCCGCGACGCCGAGCCGCGCCGCUGGAACAUCAGCCACCCCGUCGUCACCGGCUCGCCGCAGGGCAUCGAGUGGCUCCGCAAGUUCAACGAGUCGUGCUACGACAUGGACGACGCCGGCUGCCCGACCGACUUCGUCGCCGUGCACUGGUACGGUGACGCCGCGGGGCUCAAGAACCACGUCGGCGCGCUGCGCGCCUUCUACGACGACGUCUCGCCCGACCUCGGGUUCUGGAUCACGGAGAUGGCGCUGCCCCAGCAGAGCGCCGGCGCGACGCUCGCCAUGAUGAACGAGAGCCUGGCGUACCUGGACGGCCUCGACUACGUCAAGGCGUACGCGUGGUUCGGCGCCUUCCGCGAGGACGAGGCCAACGCGUGGACCGGCGACUCCGUGGCCCUGUUCGACGACCACGGCGGCCUGACGAACCUCGGUGCCCUGUACCUCGGCGGAGAGGAGCGCGGCUUCGAGGCCGGCCAGAAGGGCGAGGGAAACUUUGCCGGCUCUCUUUCGCCGGCCGGACUGCUCCUAUGGGGCACCAUUUUUGUCACCGUCGCGGCUCUGUGGUAAGCUCCGGGCACUUGAGAUUUGAGAGAGAAAUAGAGAGAGAGAGAGAAAGAGAGAGGCGAUCUGCUUUGUGAGGAUACGGGCAACGAUGCAUGGUUCAUGACAUAUUUUUCACUUCGCACAUAUAUGCGUGUGCUGGACAUACGAGCAUUGGACACGAGCGAGAAUGAUACCUACUUGACUGGAUUCUAUUGCCGUCGAAUUAUAUACCACGUCACAUAUACACCAUAUAGCAAUACAGAUACAAAUCUUCA